CCACUCAAAAAUCGUGACUGUUCUAUUCUAUGUUACUUGCAAACAUAGGUGACUUCUGUAAGAGACUGAUAGUUGAAAUGCCACUUAGCCGUCUCCCUUCGGGAGUCGGCUUCGUGGCCCUGUGCCGGGCCGUGAAAUAUGCAUCUACAGCGGUAUAUUGGAGGAAUGCUUACUUACCGACUGCGAUGAAACUGGAUGUCACAUCCUCACCUGUUUGCUGGCUCAGGUUACUUUCGGGUGGUACUACUUGAAUGUAUCUGCCUUCGACCCCUAUGCCCAUGGCUCCCGAGUGGCCACUCUCCGACUCCGACUCGUGGG